AUGCCUAACCAUAAGACAGACUUCAAUAAUGAGGGUCCGUUUAGUACUGAUAUGAUUGGUAUGAAUUAUGAGUACCCGGACGGCUCUUAUGAAACCCGAAAUAAGAUUAUUAAACAACACGAAGACUACACCAAAGGAUUCCUAUAUUUCGUAGGACACGACCCACAAGUGCCCCAACCCUUGAGGGACGAGAUGUUGACGUGGGGUUACCCUAAGGAUGAGUACAAAGACAACAACCAUUGGACGCAUCAGUUGUAUAUCCGAGAGUCGCGGCGAAUGAGUGUUGCCACAAAUCGGGGAUCAAUUGGCGAGACGAUGGCCACAGUAGUGGACGAGCAGGUGAUGGUUGAGGUGGUGGUGCCCGAGAUAGAGGUGAACACCAGUGGCAUUGACCACAGCUAUUGUGUCAGUGAUAAUGAAGAGUACAAACAACUGUUGCAUAAAUACAAUGUCUUGAGGUAUGACUUCUUGGAGUGUCAGUCGCUGUUGGACUCCAUUGAAGACAAACUCAUGGCUUUCAUCAAUGAAUGCAUUUGUGACUCAAUCAUCAAAACCGUUCAGAAGGAAGACAUCUUCAAACUGUUGGACAAAUUGCAUGCAAUCAAGAGGAAGGGUACGCACGAAGACAUACAUCCAAUCGGUGGUCACACUGUGGACACUAACCGCAAGACGUGUGAUACAAAUGAAUGCAAAGCCGAAGAUACUAAUGAAGACAGUGUCGAGAGUUGUGGUCAAACCUCGCCGUUGAUGGUACUGAACGCCAAGCAAACAUUGGUUCCCAUAAUCGGUGACCAAACGACUCGUUUAGUGAUAAUCGGGUCAAACGAGUCGACAACAGCCACGGCAUCAACUGAUGCCAAGAGUGUGACCACUGGACGUGUUUUAGACCAAUACCUAAAUAACGUGAACUAUAGCUACGAUUAUAUGCCGGGAGUCCCCAAACAGUUCCCGUGUCGUGAAUGCGGGCGAGUCUUCGCGUCCGGCAAACAACGGAAUAAUCACCAGAGGACUCAUCAAAAGCGUGAACAGCAUUACAUCCAUUGCCAGCACCUGUACUGCAAGAAGCGGUUCAUAUCGCCGGACGCCUUCAAGAAGCAUAUGGACAAACAUCUGGGCAUUGAGUCGACGGACAGCGGCAGUGGUGGCGCCCAACCGGGCACUCCCGGCACUCCCGGCCCUCAAGAGGAGAGUUACUUCAAGCGUAAGAACAAGAAUAAGGAAUACCAGUGCGAAUGGCAUGACUGCGACCAGUGGUUCGCGUUGCCAUCGCUCCGCAAACAGCACUACAAUGCGGUGCACCUGAAGAUCGCGCGCCACAACUGUAUGAUCCCCGGCUGUAGCGCGCAGUUCGUCAAGAAGUACGACCUGGAGGUGCAUAUAGGCGUCGACCACGGCUUCAAGUUUUACAAAUGCUCGUGGAGUGGCUGUUCGCGACAGUUCUGGUCGCGUACACUACUGGCCAGACAUCAUGCGCUGAUGCACCUGAAGAUCAAGAAAUUCAAAUGCGAUGAAUGCGACCAAUGCUUCUCCAACGGCGCCAAACUGGCGGCCCAUAAGUGCAGAGAACACAACGCCCUCAAGAGGUUUGCCUGCGAUUGGAGUGACUGUCACUUCUCGACGAAUGUCAACAAAUGUCUGGUCGAGCACAAGCGCACCCACACUGGCGAACGGCCCCAUCAGUGCCUGUGGCCCGGCUGUGGAAAGGCAUUCACCCAUAGCUACUCACUCACCACUCAUACCCGCAUUCAUACGGGAGAGAAGCCAUUCAAAUGCGAUUACGACGAGUGCUUCAAAGAGUUCCGGUAUUGGAAUGACUUGAGACAACACAAGAAAACACAUCUAUUGGACCCCUAA